AUGCAAGCCCAAGACAUGUUUGGGGAUAAGAGUGCCAGCUUCUCUCAGGGCACCCGGCAGAAGAGUGACACAGCUGUACAAAAACUUGCCCACGGCAAUGGACACUGUGUCAACGGCGUCAGUGGUCAAGUCCAUGGCUUCUACAGCCUUCCCAAGCCAAGCCGGCACAAUACAGAAUUAAGAGACAGUACCUAUGACCUCCCCCGGAGCCUGGCCUCCCAUGGCCACACCAAGGGAAGCCUCACCGGGUCCGAGACUGAUAAUGAGGAUGUGUACACCUUCAAGAUGCCCAGCAACACUCUGUGCCGGGAGUUCGGGGACCUCCUGGUGGACAAUAUGGACGUUCCAACCACCCCACUCUUAGCCUACCAGAUCCCCAGGACAUUCACACUGGAUAAGAACCACAAUGCUAUGGCAGUGGCCACUCCUGGGGACUCAGCCAUAGCUCCCCCACCCCGGCCCCCCAAGCCAAGUCAGGCAGAAACACCUCGAUGGGGCAGCCCUCAGCAGAGACCUCCAAUGGGUGAAAACAGCAGAUCUGUUGCUGCCACCAUCCCCAGGCGCAAUACCCUCCCUGCCAUGGAUAACAGCCGACUUCAUCGAGCUUCUUCCUGUGAGACCUAUGAGUAUCCCACACGUGGUGGGGAGAGCGCAGGCCGGUCUGCUGAAUCUGUGAGUGAGGGAGUCAGUCCUUUUCUGCCAGGGAAAACUGCCGUGGGUCGAUCAGACAGCGCCAGUUCUGAAGACAACUAUGUGCCCAUGAACCCAGGUUCUUCCACCCUGCUGGCAAUGGAGCGGGCAGGGGACAAUUCCCAGAGUGUCUAUAUUCCCAUGAGCCCAGGGCCCCAUCACUUUGACCCACUGGGCUACCCGACCACAGCCCUUCCUAUGCACAGAGGCCCCAGCCGAGGAAGUGAGAUCCAGCCACCCCCUGUCAACCGCAACCUCAAGCCUGACCGGAAAGCAAAGCCAACACCCCUUGACCUGAGAAACAACACUGUCAUUGAUGAGCUCCCCUUCAAGUCACCUGUCACUAAGUCUUGGUCCAGAGCCAACCACACCUUUAGCUCCAGCUCCUCCCAGUACUGCCGCCCCAUCUCCACCCAGAGCAUCACCAGCACGGACUCAGGAGACAGCGAGGAGAACUAUGUUCCUAUGCAAAACCCAGUGUCUGCAUCCCCCAUUGCCAGUGGCACCAACAGUCCAGCCCCGAAGAAGAGCACCGGAAGUGUUGAUUAUCUGGCCCUGGAUUUCCAACCGGGCUCCCCAAGCCCCCACCGCAAGCCAUCCACAUCAUCCGUCACAUCAGACGAGAAGGUAGACUAUGUCCAAGUGGAUAAGGAGAAGACGCAGGCUCUGCAGAACACCAUGCAGGAAUGGACAGACGUGCGGCAGUCCUCAGAGCCUUCCAAGGGCGCCAAGCUGUAACGUGGGGGCCACCAAGCCUAGAGUGAGGCCAGGAGGCAGCAGAUAGAAACUGACUCCUCCCCACCUUCCCUCCCAUCUCCCCUCCCACUCACUCCACUACUUUCAGCCUUCAAAGCACUUGACAUCAGGGACCCUGACCUUUCCCUUGGAAUGUGAGGGCCUGAUGGAGGCACUGCCUCCGCUCACUCCGAGUCCACCUGUGAUUUCUAUCAAUACAGGCCGUGCCUCCACCCACCUUAGUUAGGAACUAUUGCCAAAAAGCCUCUUCCUGUCCUUGGGACCUGUCUACUGCUUGGACCCUUGGGGGGAUUGGGGCUCUGAGCCAGACUACACACCUCAUGUUUGGUCACAGCCCUUUACCCUCUUCCCUCCACCUCUGGGCUCUCUCUCCUUCAAUCCCAGAGGAGGACAACCCAGAGAGCCAGGGACCAGCAGACCAAAGUGGACAUGGACCUUUUUCAUCCCUGUUGUUCUUGGCAGGGGAGAGGCAAGCCACCAAAUGAAGAUAUGGUCAAGAAUGAAGGUCAGAGGUGGUCUUGAGGGACAGCAGAGUUAGGCGCCUCCCCAGACACAUCAGGGCAUCUGAUAACUGCAGGAGCCCCUCGCUUUCAGGUCAACGGUGUGUAUCCACCUCCUUGUGGUGUGGGAGAGGCAGAAAGAUGAAGGACAAAAGGGAAAACUGAUCCAUGAUAGGAAACCAAAAACAGUAAGAAAUAGGGCUUAGAGUGACAAGGACAUUGGACAGUCAGGGCCCCAGAACUCUGGCGCUGCAGGCCCACUCUGCCACUCUGGGAUGAAGGCCAUCCUCUUCCCAAGCCCCCUGCUGGAGAAAGCUUGGGCCUAGCUGGCCCAGCAAGGCUAGGGUGUGGAGAAUGUGGAAUGGGGAGAAGUGGCUUGGAUGGGGCUAGGGGACCAUGAGAUGGAAGUGUGCUAGUCACAGGGCAGUGCAGGAACACUGCAAUGGGGAUGGUACAGCAAGUAAGUUUCUGGGAAGUAGGAUGGUUACAGAGGCGACUGAUUUGAUGGUAUGGGAGGUAAGGUGCAAGCCCUGAAGCAAGCAGAGACCUGGCAACAAGUCCAAGGCAGUGCAUCAGGGUGCCGGGGGAGCAGAAAGUGAAGGAGCACUACCUUAUGCAAGGACACCUGUAUGCAGGCCAUCCCAGGACUGAGGAUGGCAGGCGAGGCAGGACCCACCUAGGGGAACCUGUGCUAUGGCUGGCAGCUUGUAGCAAGUGUCAGGACAGGAGCACAUCUGGCCUGAUGCCAGAUCUAGUGUUUUCUCAGCUCCUCUCCCCUGUGUGCUGCUGAGCGUUCCGAUGCUGUGCUGGACCUCAUGCUCAGCUACACAGAUGGGAGAAGCCAGUCUUCGCCUCCAGAGGCUUGAAAGGGCAGCAGGGAUAGGAGGCAGGCAUGGCUUAAGGCUCCUCCUCCACUAGAGCAGGGCGAUCUGGAUUUUUUUAUGUCAAAAGUUCUGGACCAAAUUCUCAAGAGUUCCAGAGGCAGUGAGGAAGACCAGAUAUUUCAUUAUGUUCUGGGAUGAAUAGACCAAGAAUAUGACUUGAGGGGAGUGGCUACCACUCACCUUUCAGUUCCUGGGAGCACACGCAGCCCCUCUGCCUGAUCCCAGGUGAAGUUCUCUCCUCAACAGCAGCUCUUUUUCUAGCGUUAGUCCAGAGCAAAUCAAGAAUCAUUUAGUAAUUGCUACUGUGGCCAGCCCCUGGGCGUAGACACACCUUGUCCCUGAACUGCACAAGGUCACAACCAGUGAGUAAAAGGGAAAGGACACAAGACAGUGGUGAUGACUGUAACAGAGUCGUAAAAUACUGAUGGAGUACAGAGGAAUGAAGGCCACUUCUCAGGGAGGCUGGGGCCAGAGUGGGGAGGGCUGGCAGACAGGGAAGGUGGUUCUAGGAAAACCAGCGCCUGAUUUAGGCCCAAGAGAAGCCCAGUGAGAGCUAUAGAGGAAAGAAAGGCAGGGCUGGGUCCCAAGGAGGAAGAAAGGCAAGAUUGGGCAAGCCUCUGCUUUGGGAACAGGCCUUUGAGGGUACAGGCCCAGCCACUCAGAAGGAUUCACCAUCCUCAUGGGUGAAGUGGUGGCUGAGGCUGCACUUGGGCAGGUUUUGCUUUGACCCCUGAUGAUGCCCUCUUAAGGCCCUUCAGCAUGGCCUCCCCAGAGCACCAUAAAGAGGUUACCAUGUUCUGAGUGCACCAUGUGAAUGAAACUGGCUGGCAUUGCCAGGGACUGAGGGGUUUAGAUCUAGCGAGUCUCAAAGAGGCCUUGGCUCCUGUCCCUACCCAAGCCUGAGGGUGGAUGUAGAGGUGAAGGAAGGAAGGAUGAGCAGAUGGGCCCAUGGAAAGCAGAGCUCUGGCUUACAAGCCCCAAACUACCAGCUAUAUCUACUGUACUCACCCCCCCCCAAAGGAUGAAAUGUCAACUCAGAUUAAAAAACUAGUUCUUUGGCCUACCCCAUGUCAAAGUUCACCUCUCCUAGUAGCUUGGCAAGGAUUGAGAUCCCAGAACAGGGAUGCCUUCUCACCUAGCAUAGCUUACACAAGGAUUGGUCCUGGGGGCUCUCCUAUGGAAACUUUUCCACCCAAAGUUGAGUGAUAACAAUGAAGAGGGAGAUGGUGGUGUUUGCCCAUCUGUGAAUUGGGUGGGUGGAAUAAAUCGACUGAAGUCCCAGCUGAUGCUUGGUCGGUUCUUCAAGGGUUCAGGCAGCACUCAAGAGCAUUAGCCAGUUAACUCUGUCUCCCCCUCACUUGAUUUUGAUGAUUGAUAAUUUCUGUACUUAACACCAUUAAAGCCAGUCCCAUUCCUAGAACAGAAGCACAGCCACUCUAAAGCUACUGGAGCACGACUUGAUUCCAGUCUGCCUCUGGGCCCUUUACCUGCCACGCCUAUAGUCUCAGCCCAAGCCGUGCCUACCAUCCUCCCUACCUACCCUACCCUACCCCUCUGAUAGAGCUCUGAAGCGGGGACAGGACAAAAGGGAAAUUAUCUCUGCCUUCCUGUCUGGACCUUCAGCUGUAAAGUGUGAGGAAAGUGAGGCUCACUUCCGGGGGUCAUCUUUCUGGGACUUGCCAGUUCCUUGGGACCUGGGACCAGCAGGCUCCCCUACAGUAGGGGCCUGCAGGAGAUUUAUGCUGUAUGUGGUAGCUGGUGGUGUGUGUGCUUGUGAAAUUUGUUGGCUACUUGUGUCUUGAAAUUUAGAAUCAUUUCACACGAAACUGUUACUGUUUCUUAAGAGAAAUGGGCUAGAAGCAGCCUAGUCUUAAGUUCUUCUUUUGUUACCAUUUAAAAUUGACAUUUUUCAAAUCA